AUGUAUGCGCCAGACAUUUUUGGAGAUUAUAAUGUCGAUCUUGAACAAGAUACAGCUAAGGUAAGUAUUUUGAUGCAAUGGGCAGAUAUGCAUUUUCUAGCACCUUUUACUCCAGAUUCUUCAACUUCACUUCGUUCAGAUAGAAUAAUAGACUAUGCGCUAACUAGUGAAUUAUCGAUUGAUAUCCAGGUG